CCGUGAGCAUCGGCGGUCUUUUGGGCGGUUCGAAGCAACAGAUCGCGGCUUUAUCUCUUUCCGCAUUCCUCCCUACACCUAAUGGCGCUUCGAAUGAGCUGGGCAAUUGCCCACCGCACCGCAGCCAGCAGCAGUCUGCUGCGCACGCUCCGGCACACGCUCCCACGCAGCAGCACCCGCGCAUACACAUCCCGGCGGCCCGAUCCCCUGGACAGGGUGCGCAACAUCGGCAUUAUCGCCCAUAUCGACGCAGGCAAAACCACAACCACCGAGCGGAUGCUGCACUAUGCGGGCUUCACACGCUCCAUCGGCGACGUCGACGACGGGGACACAGUCAUGGACUACUUGCCCGCGGAGCGUGAGCGCGGGAUCACGAUCCAGUCGGCAGCCAUUACGUUCGGAUGGAAAGACAGCCAGCUGCAUUUAAUCGACACGCCCGGACAUGUCGACUUCACCGUGGAGGUGGAGCGGGCAAUGCGGGUGCUUGACGGGGCAGUGGCGAUUCUGGAUGCCGUGGCGGGUGUGCAGGCCCAGACCCUGACGGUGUGGAAGCAGGCGACGCGGUACGGUAUUCCGCGCAUAAUCUUCAUCAACAAGAUGGACAGAGAUGGCGCCAACUGGCAGAAAUGCGUAGACGAUAUUGGCGCAAAGCUCGACACGCGGCCGCUGGUCCUGCAGGUGCCCGAGAGCGAGAUGGCCAGGCUCGAGGGCCGUGGGCUCGAGCGGUGGAUCGAUGCCGUGACCAUGGAGCGGAUCGAGUUUGAUAUCGAGCAGGACAACACUGGGUCGACGGUUCGAAGAUCUGCGAUUUCGGAAACCGACCCGGCGUUUGAGAAAAUGGCCGACGCCCGCACUCUGCUGGUGGAGACUCUGGCGGAGAUUGACCAGCAGAUCGUCGACGUGUUCCUGAGCGAUGCUGUCGACGGCGACCAUCUGCAGGUGCCAGAGAAGGACAUUAGGGAUGCGAUCCGGCGAGUCACACAGUCGUCGCAGGCGAGCCCAGUCCUGCUCGGCGCAUCGUUCCGCAAUGUUGGCGUCCAGCCGCUGCUUGAUGCUGUGCUCGAGUACCUGCCGUCGCCUACCAACAAGGCCCAGCCCACAAUGGCAGUGGUGCCUGGCCAGAGCGGCAAAAAGUCCACAGAGGUCGUGCCCCUGGACAGCAACAAGCUGGUUGCUUUUGCCUUCAAGGUCAUUGUCGAUGCGCAGCGCGGGCCCAUGGUCUUUGUGCGCGUAUACUCGGGCACAUUAGACUCGCGCAUGACCCUGGUCAAUGGCACCCAGGGCGGCAUCAAGGAGCGCGCGACCAAGCUGCUGCAAAUGUACGCCGACCAGCCCGAAGAGAUCCCUGCCAUCCAAGCCGGCCAUAUUGGCGUUGUGCUGGGCCUGAAGAUGACAAAGACCGGCGACACGCUACUGCAUGCCCAGCACCCGAGUCUGCCAAAGUCCCUGAAGUCUGCCAAAAAGAGCCGCUCGGUGCACAGCGCCAAUUCCGCGCCUGUGGGCUGGCAGCUGCACGGCAUUUCCGUGCCCCCGCCUGUGUUCUUCUGCGCUGUCGAGGCCGACUCUCCGCAAGACGAGCGGCCGCUAGCCGAUGCCCUGGCAAACCUGACGCUCGAGGACCCGUCUCUGCAUGUCUCGCACGACGAGGAAACCGGCCAGACAUUGCUAAGCGGCAUGGGUGAAUUGCAUCUGGAGGUCAUCCAGGACCGGAUGGUCAAGGAUAUGAAAAUCAACGCCACCUUUGGCAAGAUGCGCGUGUCGUACCGCGAAACCGCCGGCCAGCCCGCCAGUGCCCAGCAUACGUAUGCACGCGAGAUCGCUGGUAAGGCCGGCAAGGCCGCAUUGCGCGUCAGCGUCGAGCCCAUCGGCGACCCGGAGACCGAUGACAACAUCAUUGAAAUCAACAUGCCAGACCACCUGGUUGUGGCUGGCGAAACCGCGCCCACGCAUGCACGCGACGAUGACCACGAGCUAUGCGACUCCGUGCGCGCUGCAAUCCACGACGGCAUCUCCAAUGCUGCAUUCCGCGGCAGCAUUCUCGGGUUCCCCGUCACGCGCACCCGCAUCACCGUCACUGAUAUCGAGUAUUUCGGUGAGGACCUGUCGACCAUUCCCGCGUACCGGGCGUGUGCAGGCCAGGCACUGGCGCAGGCGCUGAACGGCUGCUCGCCGGCUCUCCUUGAGCCCAUUGCGCGGACCACCAUUUCCUGCCCCGAGAAACACGUGGGGUCGGUGCUCAGUGAUCUCAAUGGCGCCAGGCGCGGUCGCGUCAUCAGCCUGGAUGACUCCGAGGAGGGCGUGGGUGCUGGGAAGCUGCUAGUUGCUGAGAUGCCCCUAAGCACUAUGGUUGGGUAUUCGUCGAUGCUGCGCAGCUUGACCGCUGGCGGUGGCAGUUUCACCAUGGAGGUCGUGGGCUUUGGGCAGAUGAACAUGCAGCAGCAGCAGGCUGUUAUUAAAGAGAGCCGGGGAUACUAAAUGUUGUGCGG